AUGCUUAUCUACCAGGACAUUGUCUCCGGAGACGAGAUUCUCUCCGAUACCUUCAAGAUUAACCCGGCCAAGGACUGCCCCAUCUUGUGGGAGGCCGACUGCCGCAAGUACCUCAAGAAGAAGAACGAGGACUUCGCGCUCGAGGGUGCCAACCCUUCCGCCGAGGAGGGCGAGGAGGGUGGCGAUGACGAUGAGGCCGUCAUGGUCCACGACAUCGAGGAACAGUUCCGUCUGGUCUGGCUCAAGACCGAGGAGGGCCUGAAGCCUUCCAAGGACUCCUUCAAAUCUCACCUCAAGAGCUACGUCAAGAAGAUCCUCAAGCAUCUCACGGAGAGUGGCGCCAGCGACGAGACCAUUGCUGAGUUCAAGGCCGGCGCCGCCGGUGCUGUCAAGAAGAUCCUUGGCAACUACGACAACUACGAUGUUCUGAUGGGCCAGAAGAUGGACGGUGAUGCCAUGCACGUCCUGAUUGACUUCCGCGAGGACGGCGUUACACCCUUCGCUACUAUCUGGAAGCACGGCGUCAAGGAGAUCAAGGUCUAA